CCAGCACCCUUGUCUGUUAAUUUACUCUUCUCGCCUCUGCACGCACCAUCAUGACCAACCAAUCCACCGUCAAUCCUUCUGAAGUCGGCUGGCAAUUCGUUCCCCAAUACUACACGUUUGUCAACAAGCAACCUAAUCGCUUGCACUGCUUCUACACAAAAGCGUCGACCUUUAUUCAUGGUACUGAGGGUGAGGACGGGAAGCCUUGCUAUGGCCAGCAGGAGAUUCACACGAAAAUCACUUCAAUCGGCUUCCAGGAUUGCAAAGUUUUUAUCCAUUCAGUAGAUGCCCAGUCAUCUGCGAAUGGUGGUAUCAUCAUUCAAGUUAUCGGCGAGAUGUCCAACAAGGGAGAGCCAUGGAAGAAAUUCGUCCAGACGUUCUUCCUUGCUGAGCAGCCAAACGGUUACUUCGUUCUGAAUGACAUCUUCCGCUUUUUGAAAGAGGAGACCGUUGAAGACGAGCCGGCUGACGAGGCGGAGCCGGUCACCGAUGUCCCAGCUGUACAGGAACCACCACCCGCCCCCGCCACUCCUGCGCCCGCUCCACCGCCUGUGGCGGAGCCUGAACCCACACCUGAGCCGGCUCGGGAGCCAACUCCCCCGCCGUCUCCCUCACCUGAACCUGAGGAGCCUGAAUCUCCCGCUGUCAUCGAGCCUGCUGUUGAGCAGCAGCCUAACGGCGAGCCUUCCCAAGACGUAGAGCCCUCCGCACAGCCUCCAGCGCCCUCGAUUCAGGAAGCACCUGCUGCCUCCCCUUCUCCUGCCGUGACCCCCUCUCCUGCUCCCACUGCAUCUCCUGCACCACCUGCACCUGAAUCUGCUGCCCCUUCACCUACGCCGCAACCUGCUGUCGCUGUUGCUGCGCCCGCACCUAUCCAGCCAACGCCUGCUACUCCAGUUCGUAAGACCUGGGCCAACUUGGCUGCUGCUGGUAGUAACAGGUGGGGUGCUGCCGUCGCGCAGGAGGCGAAGGGUGUCAGCGAGGCACCUGUUUCUUCUAGCAGCCCCGCUCCCACUACACCCCAUUCGCCUGCCCCUCGCGGCCAGAACCGGCCACAUCCUUUGUACAUCCAAGCCAGCACUGCUCCCACUCCUGAGUGCUUCGUGAAGGGUGUUGUGGAUCCCAUUACCGACGCUGCUUUGAAGAACACCUUGACUCAACGCUUUGGUCCCAUCAAAGAAAUCGAGAUUGUGCGGAAUAAGGCCUGUGCCUUCCUCGAGUUCACUACCCUCGAAGCGGCCCGACGGUGCCUCGUCACGUCGCUUCCACGAAACGCUGGCGGCGAGGGCGGUAUCCGCAUCGGCGACCCCAACGACAGCCAGACACCGAUCAUUUACGUCGAGAUCCGCAAGGAGCGCGGUGACCGCCCGCCACCUCGCGGACCACCGGUUAACGGCGGCGACCGUGGACGCGGAGGCUUUCGCGGAGGCGGGCGUGGUGCGCCGCGGGGGCGGGGUGUGCCUCAGCAGAAGUGAGGAGUGAGAGUGCUGGGGAUGUUGGUAGCCUCGACGUAGGGUGUGUUGCGUGAGCGGGGGUUUGGGCAUAUGCGGUCCUCCCGGCCUGGGUCGCCUUUCAUGAGCCCAGCCGGAGGCGGUGGCUCUGUCCUCCUAAAAGUAUCCGAUUUUUUGCUGUUACUGUUACUUACAGUCUGACGUGAUGUUGUAUCCAUUCGUUGUCGUCGCUUUGUUAUGUCGCACUUGAUAUGACAGCUUUCUCGCGUUC